UGGGAGGUGCAGUUAUUUAACAACACUCCCCCUGAGAGUGACCACACCGCAUUCCCACUGAGCUCAGAACCGGGUAGGACGCACCGUGGCACGCAGCCUCGCGCUGAUCCACUCCGUUUUCUGGUUGCUCUUCUGACCCGCUGAGGUUCGGCUGCUGAGCACACACCUGGAGACGCUCACAGGACGCAGACAUGAAGAAAGAUGCGAGACCCAACUGGGACAACCCCACGCAGUUUGUGCUGGCGUGUGUGUCAUACGCAGUCGGGCUGGGAAACGUGUGGCGGUUUCCGUACCUCUGUCAGAUGCACGGUGGAGGAGGGUUCUUGAUUCCAUACCUCCUCAUGCUGUUUCUGGAGGGUAUUCCCUUAUUCUACUUGGAGCUUGCCAUUGGUCAAAAGACGAGUCUAGGCAGUAUCGGGGCAUGGAGUGCCAUCAGCCCUUAUUUGGGAGGAGUGGGUUUUGCUGGUGUUGUGACAUCCCUGUAUCUUUGUCUCUAUUACAACAUCCUCAAUGCAUGGAGUUUCUGGUACCUCUUUCAUUCAUUUCAAUCAGUCUUGCCCUGGGCAGACUGUCCCGUAAAUUCCAACCGGACGGGACCUAUAGAGGAGUGUGAAAGGGCUACACCCACCCAGUACUUCUUCUUCAGGGAAACACUGGACAUCUCUUCUUCUAUUGAGGAAAAUGGAGGCAUUCAUACAGGCCAGGCACUGUGCCUCCUGCUUGCCUGGGUGAUUACCUACCUGUUUAUUGUCAGGGGAGUAAAGUCAACUGGAAAGGUGGUGUACUUCACAGCCACAUUUCCAUAUGUGGUCCUCUUUAUUUACCUGAUCCGGGGCAUCACUCUUCAUGGUGCUAUCAAUGGUGUCAAAUACAUGUUCACCCCUAAGAUGGAACAGCUUGCCAACCCUAAUACAUGGAUCGAUGCAGCCACUCAGAUCUUUUUCUCUCUGGGUUUGGGUUUUGGGUCACUCGUAGCUUUUGCAAGCUACAACCAGUACAAUAACAACUUUGAACGCCAGGCCAUCGUCGUUGCCCUCAUCAACAGUGGAACCUCCAUCUUUGCCAGCAUUGUGACCUUUGCUAUCUAUGGGUUCAAGGCCACCGUCAACUACGAGAACUGCCUGGAAAGGACAUACUUACUGCUGCAGAAUACCUUUGAUCUAGCAGAGGACAGUAUCACCAUGGACAAUGUCUCUGAGUGGAUUGAGAAGCUGAACACAACAUUCCCACAGCAGUUUGCUGAACUUGCCAACAAAUUGGAAAACUGUAACCUGGAGAGCGAACUAGACACUGCAGUAGAGGGUCCAGGUCUGGCCUUCAUAGUGUACAGUGAGGCCAUCAAGAACAUGCCAUUGUCUCAGCUGUGGUCAGUGCUGUACUUCAUCAUGCUCCUGAUGUUGGGAAUGGGCAGCAUGCUGGGAAACAUCACAGCCAUCACCACCCCGCUACGAGACUUCAAGGUUGUGUCCCUUAUGAGCGUUGAGUUGUUAAACGGUUUAGUGUGUGUGUUCUGUUUGCUGCUCGGCCUCGGCUUCACCACCACGUCAGGGAAUUACUGGUUUACCAUGUUCAACGACUAUGGAGCCACUUUCUCCCUGCUGUUCAUUGUCCUCACGGAGGUCAUAGCUGUGAGUUACAUCUAUGGAAUUAAAAGGUUUGAAAAAGACAUAGAAGACAUGCUCGGUCAUCGUCCCAACUGGUACUGGAAGAUCAUGUGGGCAGGAACCAGUCCCCUUCUCCUCAUCGCCCUUUUCAUCUUCUACAUCAUCAACUACAUCAAGGGAGGAACACCCACCUACCAAGCAUGGAACAAAGAGCUGGGUAAGUCAGUUGUGACAGAGUAUCCCGUCUUUGGUCAGCUCUUCAUCGGGCUGCUGCUGGUGUCGUCAGUCAGCUGUGUUCCCCUCACAGCUCUGUAUGUCUACUGCAAGAAGAGGAAACAUGGAAACCAUCAUAAGAAGCAGCGUACUGUCAGCACAGUAUCUGCUCUGUGACCAGAUCAUAACAGGAGCUAACCUCCCACCAUCACCCCCAUAUACCCAUCCACCAGCUGAGCACAACAACACGACAUUUAUCAUCUGUUACGUGGAGGGACAGCGGAAUAUGAGCAGUGGUCAUCUGUGUGUUAUUUCCAUUUUCGUCUUGACUUUCACCAAAUUUCACGAAACUGAAAAAAAUUUUCUCUCUACAAGGGGAUUAUUUACUGCAACAGGAAACACACAAACAAAAAAAAAUGGGAAGCAUGGGGACAUGAAAUCCAGAUGUAAAUCAUGUUAAAACCUUCCUUUUUCAGAAAAAUUAAAUAUACCAUUAUAUUAUUUCUCUCAGUAUUAAAGUCGGACCUCUGAGACAGAUUUCAAUGAAUACUAUGUACUGAAAAAUAUUCAAGUUCAACACAAGAGUUCCUGACUCAAUCACACAAACUGUGGAACAUGUUAGUGUAGAUGGAGAUUGUUUAAUUACCAAACAUUUAUAUUACAACAUAUAGUUAUAAUACAGUAUUUCAUAUGAUGCUAGUUUACUAAUUGUUCAGUUGUAAUUGUUUGAGUAUGUUUUUUCAUUUAUUUUAUCUUAUACGCUGCAAAAUGUCUUAAAUCAUGUGUAUUAUUCUAUAAAUUUAAGUUGAAACUAUUUUAACGUAGUGCUGGAAACUGCAAGCAAAACUCCAUUAUACCACUAAACAUCGCCACUGAAAUGUACUACGUUCCUGUCCAUUUGCCACACCAUGGAAAUCUAGGAGUAAUGGUAGGUGGUUAGGAUAGAAACACAAAUUUAAAUAGAAAUCAGACAUAGUUCAUGUUUAAACUACUAAUGAUUUGUCACUAGAACGUUGUCAGUGGAGAAAAUCAUCCAUACUAAUUACUGUAAAAGGUCAUAAUUAUCUUCCCAUCACAUAUUUAGGGUUCCCCUUUUUCCAAAGAUGCCAACUAGAUACAGUUGUGCAGCCGUAGCAGGCUAAUAUCAUUUAUAACUUUAAUACAGGUCUGUGCUGUUUAUUAAUUAGGACUCAGAAUUUUGGGAUUAUAGCUUCUUUGAUGUUUCAGUAAUAUUUGAAUCUUCUAAAGUUAGAAAACCUUGGUCUGAAUGGGAAAAGUCCUAAACACUGUAAGAUUAGAUCAGGUAGGAUUUCAGAUUCAGGAUAUUUCUUUAAUGAGGGGUUUUUUUACAGUACAAACCUUGUUUCGACUG